AUGUUCCGCUUCAAGGCCCGCAACUCACAAUGGAAUCAACCUUUUCAGAAGGGCAUCCUAUCAAUUAGUGACCAGCAAAUCGUUACCGGGAUCGCCAUUUUGCUUGCUGGAUUUGUACAGAUCAACUCCAUUUCUGCUUUCCACUGGUACAUCGUCGUAUACCUUGGCUGGAUGUCGUCCAAUGUCCAUCUGACAACCCUUGCGGUACUUCGUGGGCACAUGCAAACCAACCGACCUGUACGCGCCAUCCGCGUCAUAGGAAUGACUAUACUCUUCGCUCUACUCCUCUGUGCUUUGAUACCGACAACGUCCAAAGACUUCACGAACUCGCUUGAUGACGACCCCUGCAAACCCGAGGAGUUCACCCCGGUUACAGACUUAUGGAAGGCGGAACACUUGCAGGAUAUGGACUCGUUGCGGAUAAUAUCGAUCAUUUUGCUUAUUAUCAGCUACAUCUGGAAGGUUGGGGCGCUGUUCAAGGACAGCUCCCAUUUCGCAGCAACCUGGUUUCAAGAAAAACCCGGCACGUUUCUCAAAAACAUCAUCCGCAGAAUGAAUAGUCACCGGCGAGCUAUGAAACGUAAGCGGCCUUUCAUCUACAAGCUGACGCUCUGGUCCUACUCUCAACUCAUGGGGCUCUAUGCGGUAAGCUUGGUCAUCUAUGAUCUCCUCACAUCGUUUGUCGCAUCAAUCUGGAUACUAUGCGUUGUCCUCGCAUGGGGAACUGUCAAUCUUCUCGCAAUCCGCCAUAGUUACCGCUUUGAUGAAGAACGAGAAUGGACAUUUGGUCAGCUUGUCCCAGUUCUCAUGCUGAUCCUCCCGGUCAUGAGUAUUUCCCAAGAGUUCUUCGGUUCGUAA